AUGAGAAGAAUUAAAAAAGCUUCAAAGAAGCCUAAAAUUCAACAAAAUAUUUUCGAUGUGUAUCGAUUUUUAAAAAUUUCGCUGUUCCUAAUGAAAAUUUUCACGAAAGAAAUUUCAUUUAAUGACAAAAGUGCACCAGCUGUGAUUAAGAAUGCAUUACAUUCAUUGAUUGUUGUUGGAACUGUGAUGAGCAUGAUGAGUCAUGUGUAUCUAUUUGGAGAGUACACGUACAUUCAUAUUGACGAUAUGAGACGUGCUACAAUGGGAAUGGUGCUUGUUCUGACGGAAAUAAAAAUCUUUUCGAUGGGGCUGAUCAUCUUGUCUCAAAAAUCUUUGGUCAAACAAAUAUUGGAAAGGAUGAAUCGGGAAUGUUCAGUCAAUGAAAUUAGGGAAAAUGGAAUAUUGAAAGAAAUUAAGGAUUUUAGGAAUUUAUCCUGGGGAUAUACUGCAUUUUGGUAUUGUCCAAUGAUUCUUGUAUUUGUUCGCAGUAUUACAAAUGCAGCUAUACAACAGGAAUGGAUAUAUCCUUAUGAACUAGAAUUCUCGGACUUCACUAAAAAUCUUGGCAUAUUUGGACAUUCUGCACUUUACAUUUGGAUCUGCUCGGUGUCACUAUUUGGUACUGGAUUUAUGAUUGGAUUUGAUUUGCUUUUUGUUGGACUGAUUUCAAUCAUAUCAAUUGAAUUUGACAUCUUGACUAGCAAAAUUCUUACAUUUGGAUCAAUUCAAUUAGGACAGAAAAAAUAUCUCAAAAAUCUCAUUGAACAUCAUGUCAAGAACCUCAAAAUGGUUCAAUUACUCGAAGAAAUUUUCAGUACACAAUUGCUGAUUAAUUUCUUAUUCUCAUCAUUCAUCAGCUGCUUUCUUGCAUUCAAUUUCAUAACAUCUUAUGAAAUUACUGAUUUUUUCUUUAAUAGCACUUUUUGCAUCACCAUACUUUAUCAAUUCUAUGUCCAAUGUCGAUUUGGUCAGAAGCUGAUGGAUGCUGGAGAUAAAGUUUAUGAAGGAUUUCGUGAAUGCAAAUGGGAAAAUGUUGAUAACCUCAAAAUAAAGAAAGCAUUAAUCUUGAUAACACAAAGUGCUCAAAGUAUCUUAGUGAUUAUAAUAAAUCAUUUGGAAGUAUUACAGCUAGUUCAUGAUCAAAUAAUUACAGGUUCUGAUGAGGACUUACUCAUACUUCACACUGUGCCGUCAAGUUUAUUCAAAGUCAUAAGCAACGUUAUUUGA